CAAGAAGGAAAUUGCCCCAGUAAUUGAACAAGAAGAGCUUGACGUUCAACUUCUGCAGGAUUUAUAUGGCAAAGAGCAUCUUAAUCUAGUGUUCAUAGGACACGUAGUCAUUAAUUUGCAACCAGAUGCUGGAAAAUCUACCAUGGGUGGGAAUAUUCUAUUUUUGACCGGAAUGGUUGAUCAGAGAACCAUGGAAAAAUACGAGAAAGAGGCGAAGGAACAGAAUCGGGAGUCUUGGUAUUUGUCUUGGGCGCUGGAUACUAACAAAGAAGAACGAGCAAAGGGAAAGACAGUUGAGUGCGGUCGAGCGUAUUUUGAAACCGAGAAACGACGGUAUACAAUUUUGGAUGCGCCAGGUCAUAAGAACUAUGUACCGAGUAUGAUUGGUGGCGCGGCACAAGCCGAUGUGGGCAUCUUGGUCAUAUCUGCAAGAAAAGGUGAAUUUGAAACCGGUUUUGAAAGGGGGGGUCAGACUCGUGAACAUGCCGUGUUAGCCAAAACCUCGGGAGUUAACAAAUUGAUAGUUGUUAUUAAUAAGAUGGAUGACUCCACGGUGGGAUGGUCUAAAAAUAGGUAUGAUGAGUGUGUUAACAAACUUCUACCGUUUCUCAAGGCGAAUGGAUAUAACCCAACAACGGACCUCGAAUUCAUGCCGGUGUCCGGUUUUACUGGAGCAAAUCUUAAGGAUCGUGUAUCGGAAGAAGUUUGCAGUUGGUACAAGGGGCCAUCCUUGCUUGAGUAUUUGGACAACAUGCAAGCCAUAGAUAGAAAGACGAAUGCACCACUGAUGAUGCCUAUCACGGAAAAAUACAAGGAUAUGGGCACAGUGGUUGUUGGAAAGAUAGAAUCAGGCGCAGUCCGCAAAGGGCAAACCGUAUUGGUCAUGCCAAAUAAGCGUACUGUUGAAGUAUCUGCGAUUUAUAAUGAACUUGAAGAUGAAGUAUCCGGAGGUAUUUGCGGCGAUAAUGUCCGAUUGCGUCUGCGAGGAAUAGAAGAGGAGGAUAUUUCAACCGGUUUUGUCGUGUGUUCGACAAAACGUCCGGUGAAUACCACGACCUUGUUUGAGGCACAACUUGCCAUAUUAGAACACAAAAAUAUUAUUUGCGCCGGUUACAGUGCUGUCCUUCAUAUUCAUUCCUGUGUCGAGGAAGUCUCCAUCUCAGAACUCCUACACCUAAUCGAUAAAAAGACUGGAAGAAAAUCAAAAAAACCUCCACAGUUUGUCAAAAAGUUACAGCAGGUGAUCGCUAAACUCGAAACAGCGGGCCCAAUUUGCGUUGAAGCCUUUGAAGACUAUCCACAGCUAGGAAGAUUUACGGUACGGGACGAAGGGAAAACUAUCGCGAUAGGAAAAGUUACCAAAGUAAUUGUUCAAAACGAAUAG